UCCAACCACCAAAUUCGUCUUUCUUCCACUUCCCAUCUCCGAAUCUGAAUCAGAGCUUUGAGUGAUCCAUGGGUUCUUCCAAUUCUUCCCCCGUCUUAUCACUGAAUCGGUUAUUCAUCAUACUUGUUCUGCCAUUGCUGACCUUCGCUCCACCUACUGUUUUCGGAUGCUUCACUUCCAUCUUCAACUUCGGAGAUUCUCUUUCCGACACCGGAAACCUCUUCGGCAAUUGUGUCUCCGAGGAACCUCCCCACUCUUGCUUUCCUCCUUAUGGAGACGCCUUCUUCCACCACCCCACCGGCCGCUUCUCCAAUGGCCGUCUCAUAAUCGACUUCAUCGCCCAAUCACUGGGGCUUCCAUUGCUACAGCCAUAUCUGGGUGUGGGAAGACGGAGGAUUAGCAUCCAGGAUUUCGAGAAGGGAUUGAAUUUCGCAGUUGCGGGAGCAACGGCGCUGGAUGAGGCGGUUCUCCGAGAGAAGGGGAUUACUAAUUUACCCACGAAUUACUCUCUUGGGGUUCAACUGGAAUGGUUCAAAAACACAUAUUCUUUCGUCUGCAAAUCCUCUUCUACUGCAACGGAAAAGUGCAGAGCGAUCCUCAAAAGCUCGCUAAUUGUGGUGGGAGAAAUAGGAGGCAAUGAUUACAACUAUCCAUUCAUCGACGAACGGCAAAACAUUGAAGAAAUCAAGUCAUUAGUGGCACCGGUGGUUAAAGCAAUUGGUUCAGCAAUCACCGAGUUGAUUAAGCUUGGAGCUCAAACUCUAAUGGUUCCUGGUAACCUUCCAAUUGGGUGCAAUCCUACUUAUCUCAAAGUUUAUGGAACUUCAGUCCAGAACUCAGAGAAUGGUUGCGUAAAUUGGCUCAAUGAAUUUUCUGAGUACCACAAUGAACAGCUUCUACAAGAAUUGAAACAAAUCCGAGCUCUUUAUCCUCGUAUCCGUAUCAUAUAUGCAGAUUAUUACAAUUCUGCCAUGCUUUUCUAUGAUGCCCCACAAGAUUUUGGAUUGACAAAUACUCUACAGAUUUGUUUGGUGAAUGAUAAGGAAGCAUUAAACACACAUAGGAAGUAUGGAUAUUCAUCGCUGUGUGAUAAUCCCUCAGAAUAUGUUAGUUGGGAUGGCAUGCACUUAACAGAAGCAGCAUACGAAGUAAUAGCCAUUGCUUUGUUGGAAGGCCCAUACACAACUCCUCAAAUUAAAACCUCUUGCAUUUCACACAAUGCCACAACUACCUUACUUCAAUCGCAAUAAUAAUAUCCAACCAUUCACAACACAACCAACAAGCAGAGCAGAGCAGAGCAGGCUCUGCUGUUUUUAUUCUCUUUGUUCACUAUUUGAUGUUACACUAACAGCGAGUUACUGAGGAUUUGGAGGGCGGCUGUUGGCAGAGGCCACACGAGACCCCCAUUCCAGCAGCUCUUUGCUUGUGUCAUCUUUGUGUACUAAAACUUCAAUGAAACAUAAUGACUCUUUGUGUUCAUCGCUCA